UAUUGCCAGGAUAAAGCUAUUUCUUAACACAGCAGCCGCAGACUGAAUGUAGCUCCGGCUGAGUCCCUUCAGUUCAGGAGACCAGGAUGGUUGGCUUAAAACCCACGGAGAUCCCUCCUUCGGCAGCAGUCAAGUUUCUCAGCGCUGGGACGGCGGCCUGCAUCGCUGACCUCUGCACCUUCCCUUUGGACACGGCUAAAGUCCGGCUCCAGAUCCAAGGAGAAUCCAAGUCCUCCAGAGCAGUCAAGAAUGUCAAGUACAAGGGCGUCUUUGGCACCAUCGCCACCAUGGUCAAGAUGGAAGGUCCCAGGAGCCUGUACAACGGCUUGGUGGCCGGCCUCCAGCGCCAGAUGAGCUUCGCCUCCAUCCGCAUCGGGCUCUACGACUCCGUGAAGCAGUUCUACACCCCCAAGGGGUCCGACAAUGCCAGCAUCCUCACCCGGUUGCUCGCUGGGUGCACCACUGGAGCCAUGGCGGUCACAUGCGCCCAGCCCACGGAUGUGGUCAAAGUGCGCUUCCAGGCACACAUCAGCCUCGCAGGGGGGCCCAAGAAGUACAACGGGACCGUGGAUGCCUACCGGACGAUCGCCAGGGAGGAAGGAUUCAGAGGCCUCUGGAAAGGAACAUUGCCAAACAUCACUCGUAAUGCCAUUGUCAACUGCGGGGAGAUGGUAACCUACGACCUUAUAAAGGAGACACUUCUCAAAUACCAUCUCAUGACAGACAAUUUUCCAUGCCAUUUUGUUGCUGCCUUCGGAGCCGGUUUCUGCGCGACGGUGGUGGCAUCUCCCGUGGACGUGGUGAAAACGCGGUACAUGAACUCCAAGCCGGGACAGUACAAGAACGCCCUGAAUUGUACGCUGACCAUGGUGAUGAAAGAGGGACCCACAGCUUUUUACAAAGGCUUCAUCCCUUCAUUCCUGAGACUGGGGUCGUGGAACGUGGUGAUGUUUGUGUCCUUUGAGCAGCUGAAAAGGAUGAUGGUUCUGGCUCAGGUGGCCUGGGAAUCCCCUUUCUGAGCACAGGCGUUGACUUUGGGGUGGCCGGAUUUCUCCAAGGACUUCUCAAGGGGCGCAAAGAAGUGAAAAUGCUUCGGAUGGAAAGCCUUGAGGAACUGAUCUUGCCAUGGGAGCAAGAGGUGAAAUGAAUCAAUUAUAUUAAUUGCUUCGCCGCAGGCUUCAGGGUCCAAUGAUGUGUAAUAUUUGAGCUAAAAAGAGGAGACUGUCAAAAAAACAAACGAACUGGUAAUAAUAGCCAAAAAAA